AUGCCGAUGGAAAAUAUGGUCCACAUGUUUGGUGGUACUAAAAAGAAGUCAACCCUAGUCGAUGAGAGAGUUAUCUAUUUCCCCAGAGAAGAUGAGGGUUCUCCCAGACAAAGCAUUUUAGACAAGUUCUGCCAGGCCGAUGUCAAAACUUUCAGAAAUUGCAUGAGUCUGAAUAACUAUGAUGAGAACAAGUGCCUCGUGACCAAGGGUAUCUUGGACAAGUGCGCUGCUUCUGCUUUCAAGAAGGUCAACUCAGAACCAGAAUGGAUCUUCUGA